GGGCUAAUGUCCCCAGCACCCUCUGAACUCCGUUUCUCUCCAGCCCCUAACAUCGACUGCCUCACUUCAGCCUACCACACUCGAUCAACCGCCUGUCAGCUUUACUUUGCCCUUUUCGCCAAGGAUACAGCCCGCCAAUCAUGUCAGACUACGUUGACGCCUUCGACUGGGAUAUGAACCUCGACGAGGAUUUCGAUUGGACAACAAACUUUGAAUGGCCAAUGGACAACACCUUUGGGCUGGUCUGGAACGAGAACCCUGUUCCUGCACCGCCCGAUGAAGGGUGAGUUAAAAAAAAGACAUGAGCUAACAGAGGGGCGGAGCAGAUCGCAUGAAUCGCUUCAGCGAUACUUCGAAGACACCCCCACAUCGACGUUAACGCCACAAAACACUGAAGUGUCUGUCUCCACUAUAGCUGAACCAUCAACCUGGACAUGCGACGCCGAUGGUUGCAGUACUCGAACUUUCAAGCGUCGCACUGAACUCCUCCGUCAUCAGAAGAAGCACGAUACCACUCGCGAGUUCACGUGCGCUGCACUGCACUGUCGACGUACGGGCAAAAAUGGAUUUACCCGCAAAGACAAGCUUAUCGACCACAUGCUCGCUGGUCAUGACGAAGACACUAUCUUUUCAUGCCCCAGCUCUGGUUGUACAGCAGGCCUCACACGAGACCUGUUGACUCUGCAUACUCAGCAGGACACACCAGCCACAAAGCUCGGCCUCUAUCGCGUCUGUCCGAUGCCAAGGUGCUCGUUCCGCAUUCAUGCCUGGCGUAAGCCCCUAGAUGAGCUUCGAAGUCAUAUCAUCGAGGAACACCACCAAAAAGGACGAAAGACGUAUGCGGGGGUAUUGAAGAGUCGAGGCUACGAGCCUGUGGCUGUAGAUGUCGUGUGUCCGUUGUGCAUGCAUCCGAGCCAGUCCCACGAGGACUUCCAGGUGCAUCUUGUGACAGCGCAUGGAAACAUGUCGCCUAAGGCGCUGGAAGAAAUGGGUUCGAUCAACGGUAACCUACAAGCUCCAGAUCUAGCGGUGCAACAGAUGAUGAGUGCGGAUCCGCUCAUCCAGGAAGAGCGUCGGGCCAUCCUCAGCUUGUGGCCGCAAUUUGAGAGCUUUCCUGUGUGGGAUGACAUGAAGUGUCACGCCGGAUGAAUGAGUUGAAGUACGGACACACAGCUAACAAGCGCUUUGUCGCUUUCUUUCUCACAUAGAGUUCCCUAAAGAAUGCAUCCAACUGCGUACGCUCCUUAAAUCUGAACUAGACUGCAACUCGAUUCCUCCUGCCUUUCGUCGCAUUUGUGUUGUAAGACAAGCCAUCUAGAUUCUUACCACUAAUAGAAUCUACCAGAGACGUCUCUCUUACAUAGGCAUCUUGGGGAUACACAAGCUAUUGCCUUGGUACAACGUGGAUCGCUUUUCAGAGACAGAGAGGAAUUGAAUGAUGACCCCGAGAAGCCCAACAAAUGUUUUGUGAAACACGUUAUCGCCUGU